CUGCUGAAGAAAGUAAUUGGACGAUCAAAGCGUCGAACGUAAGCCUGUCUCUCGCCCAGAGAGAAUGUGCGAUAUAUAAGCCACUAAGCUGACUCGCUAUUCGGUAGUUUUUUAACUGCGCCGGAGACGCACACUUGUACGACAAUGGAAAUACCGAAGUUAAUGAUAUUGCUGUGCUGCUCGUACUACGGGUUUGCUUCACAUCACGGUCACACAAUACCAGUGGAAAACUAUGAAACUGAACUACAAGUCCUCGGCGAAUCCGUCGAAAUUCCUGAAACACCCGUCAGAGUGGUCAAAAUCACUAAAACUGUAGCUGUCAAGGUCCCUGUGCCAUAUCCAGUGAAAGUGAUUGAGAAAGUCCCUUACCCCGUUCACAUUAACAAACCUUACCCAGUGCCAGUGCCACAGAUUGUAAAAGUUCCUCACGUUGAAUCUCCACCAAAGUUAAACGCGCACGAAGCUCUCGGUAGCCAUGGUGGCCAAAGCUACUUCCCUGGAAAUUCUUACCAAGUUCAAGAAGCACAUUCACGUGACGGACCCUCAGACGACUCAUAUGGACCAGAAGAACAGUCCUACAACGGUGACAACUCGGGCCACAGUCAAGGUUUCGCGCCUUACGGCGAUGAGUCUUCAGAAGGAUCCCCUGGUGGCUCGUAUGGAGGACCGUCACACAGCUACUAUGGUAACGUAGGCGGUAAUGACGCCGAAUCUUUUGAAUCCAAAAAUUAUAAUCAAGCCAUUAACGACUACAUUCACAAAUCGAACCCAAGUGGUCACACAGGUUUAAAUUAUCAUUAAAUGUUUCAAAGAUGUUAGUAUUAAUGUACCUGACUGCAUUCCUUAAAUAAUAAUAUUUUAUCUUUAUAUCUGUACAUAUUGUUAUGUUCAUGUUUGUGUGAUUUGUAAUAGUAGAGUGAUGGGACAGUAAUAUUGUUAUUGUACUUAAGCAUAUUUUUGUUGUUGUUGUUGUUACUAGAUGUGUAUGGCGUAACGUUGUUAAUUUUGAAAUAAAUUAUUAAAAAUAAAACGUUAUAUAAUUA